GUGGACUUCUCGUUCCAAAUUCAGAACGUGGUCUGCGCUCACGGGUUCCCAAAUCCAUGUGGAUGGCUCGUAUCUUCCCCACAGCAUACAUCCCGCGCCAUUCAACCGGCCGAACUGAAUCCUCAUGCCCUAAUUGUUCUGUAUGUGGAGUCUAUCCGUAAUCUGUGACAAACGGGGCGCUACUUCCCGAGAACGGGAACAUCCAUCGUACUCAAGCGAUGUCAUACAUAAGGUUCACAGGGUGGGAUGGAACCUGGUCCCACUAUCUACCUCAGGCUCCUGAAAUCUGCCGAGUUCUAUGCCUCGGUAUGAUUACCACUCCCGUCGAUGGCAGCGCGGAUGGCUCCGAUUUCUUUCACUCAGGGCACUUCGCAGUCCGGCACCCUGUUUCCCUCCGGCGGCACCUUGCUAUCCACCUCCCUGACCGACCGUUUCCGUUGAAGACUGGGAAAGCAUGCUCUGUCUAGCAUAGACAGACAGGAGAGCGGGAGAAUCUUGCGUAAUCGAUGGAACAUUCCCAGGUCCCCCGCCGGACUGGAUAUGCUGUCGAAUUGCUUUCGAGCUCAACAUAGCCUGAUCCAGCAGCGAUGAGUUUUCCUGCACCAUUUAAAUUGCUCCGCAGAAGACUCUAUCUUUCACCCCACCCAAGGACGUCACCUUGACUACCACACUGCACCCCCACUGCACUGCGACUCGGCAGGACCUAAGUAUGACCAGUGGCCAUGCAACAGAUGACGAGAUCACCGUGACCAUCGACGAGUCACCGCUCGAGCCGCGUCCAGAAUACGAUGAUUUAUUUUACAAUUGCUCACGCUUUGGGGCCAUCCGCGGCUAUAGUCCGACUCAGAACUCGCCGCAGACAUUGUCUCCAUGUCCGACGCCGUCUCCCAGCGAAUCAUCGAAUGUCUCGCUGCGACGGCGGACCCCAUCCCCGAACCUCUUCUCUUCUUCUGGGUCUGACAGUGGGAUGGCGCAUGCGCAAUAUGGUCGGUAUCUUGAUGUUUCCUCCCCGAUCCGCUCGCUGGGAGCUCACAACGGGUACUCCACUUGGGGCCACUCUUCCUCGGUCAACAGUCUCACCGACAAUCUGGAAACGAACCUGUCCUUUGCACUGAAGCCUCUGGCGCAUGUAGAUUGGCCUCACGAUUCCAGCCUGUCUCGUGUCGAAGACGGAGCAUCUGACUGGCAAAUACAGCAACCCUAUCCACGACAUCAUCUGAGCCUAUCCUUCGAGGACGCACUAUGGGGUAGCGAAGCUUCAUACUCUGCGGAAGACGCAACGAAUGAACUGGGUGGCAUGCCUGUACCCCUCCUCACCGGUCACAGCGACCACGAAUUGGGUAUUCAGCCUCCGCCGGAACUCUUUCCCUGGCCUCCUCCCAGCCCGUCUGGACCAGAUGCUUCUGUCGGGUUCACCGGUAGACAGCCCGACAUCGAAUCGCAUUACUCACACUCUCCGUCCGGUGCAGUGGCAAUUUCUGCUGGACCCAGUGCUGCCGCUCCAGCCUCAUUCGAUGUGUCAUCCCACCCGGGACCCAGCAAUUUCUUCAAGGCAAUAGUCGGAAGCGCAGCCCACAUUACAGCUGCUUUCAAGCGGAGGAAGGUGGCCGCCGCAUUUGUGUGUCCGGUCUGUCAGCAAACGUUGACGGCGCAACACAAUCUGGGUAAUCAUAUCAAGGCUCAUAAUGGACACAAGGAGCACUGUCCACACUGCGGACGGUCAUAUGCCACCGUAGGCAACGUGAAGCGCCAUUUGAAGAAAUGCGAGAAAGCACCCAACCGCAAGAUGUGAACUAAGCACUUCGCUAUCGGCCCUGUGUCAGGGUUUCUGUGAGAACAAUGGACGGUGUGAAUUGUGCCUGGGCUUCUUUCUGUCAGAUCCUUCUUUUAUUGGAGCCCGCUGCUAUAAGGUGGACAACUGUGUCUGGGAACUUUGUUUUCGAUUAAAUUACAAUAACAAGAUCGCCACUGUUGAUUCCAGUCCCUGUACAAUUUCUGGUUUAAUGAUACCUAGGACUUCGGAUUCUUUC